AUUUCACCUAAAAUUCAGCAUUAGAUAAGAGUAAGAUAAUAAUAUGAGAGAGAGAAUGGAUGAGGGAAGUAGUAUUCCAAAUAGAGAAUCAGAUGAUGUUGCUGUUGACUGGAGAGGCAGACCUUCCAAUCCUAACAAGCACGGUGGAACCAGAGCUGCUGCUUUUGUUCUUGGUCUUCAAGCAUUUGAAAUAAUGGCAAUAGCUGCAGUUGGAAACAAUCUAAUAACUUAUCUAAUAAACGAGAUGCACUUCUCUUUGUCUCACUCUGCAAACAUAGUCACUAACUUUGUUGGAACUAUCUUUAUCAUCGCACUCCUCGGUGGCUAUCUAUCAGACUCUUUUCUUGGCACCUUCUCCACCAUCCUCAUCUUUGCUUUUCUCGAACUUUCUGGUUUCAUAUUGCUGUCAGCACAAGCUCAUUUUCCUGAAUUGAAACCACCGGCAUGUAACAACAAAUUAUUAGGUGGAGAUCAUGAUCAGUGCAUAGAAGCAAAGGGGUUGAAGGCUUUGAUAUUCUAUACAGCAAUAUACAUGGUGGCAUUAGGUAGCGGCUGUGUGAAGCCCAACAUGCUUUCUCAUGGAGCCCACCAAUUCAAUUCAAACCAAUCAAACAAACUCUCAACAUACUUCAAUGCAGCAUAUUUUGCAUUCUCACUUGGUGAACUUGUUGCUCUCACACUUCUUGUUUGGGUUCAAACUCAUUCCGGUAUGGAUGCCGGCUUUGCUGUAUCUGCUGCUGCCAUGGCAAUGGCAUUGGUAAGCUUCAUAAGUGGCUCUCUUUAUUACAGGAACAACCCUCCACAACCAACCAUCUUCCUCCCCAUUGCUCAAGUUUUUGUCGCUUCAAUAUUGAAAAGAAAUAAGAUCUGUCCUUCUAGCCUUGUACAAAUGCUCCACGGUGGGCAACAUAGCAAUAAAUUCAGGUUCUUGGACAAGGCUUGUAUCAGAGACAGAGAGGGGAACACAAAGGAAAGCCCAUGGAGAUUGUGCAGUGUUGCACAAGUUGAACAAGCAAAGACAUUACUUUCAGUUAUUCCCAUUUUUGCAUGCACUAUAAUUUUCAACACUAUCUUAGCACAACUCCAAACAUUCUCAGUCCAACAAGGAAGUGCCAUGGACACACAUAUAACCAAAUCCUUUCAUAUCCCUCCAGCAUCGCUUCAGUCCAUUCCAUACAUAUUGCUCAUUGUUGUAGUCCCUCUAUAUGAUACUUUAUUUGUUCCCUUUGCAAGAAAAAUAACUGGCCAUGAGUCAGGAAUCUUACCUUUGCAGCGAAUAGGAAUUGGCCUCUUUCUGGCAACAUUUUCUAUGGUUUCAGCAGCACUUAUGGAGAAAAAGAGAAGGGAUGCAGCAGUGAACCUAAACCAAACACUGUCCAUUUUUUGGAUUACCCCACAAUUCAUAAUUUUUGGUUUGUCAGAGAUGUUUACUGCAGUUGGCCUUAUUGAGUUCUUCUACAAACAGUCGUUGAAAGGGAUGCAAACAUUCUUCACUGCCAUCACAUAUUGCUCAUACUCAUUUGGUUUUUAUCUGAGCUCACUAUUGGUUUCUUUGGUGAAUAACAUCACUUCCUCAACUGGUGGUUGGCUUCAUGAUAACAAUCUCAAUAAAGACAAGCUUGACCUUUUCUAUUGGUUACUAGCGGUCCUCAGCUUCCUUAACUUUCUCAACUAUCUCUUUUGGUCCAGAUGGUAUUCUUAUAAUCCAUCCCUUUCAACCAUAUCCCAGGAGGCUCAUCAUACUAUUACUACUAAUCCCAAUGCCAGGGAAGAAUCUAAGCACUAUGUACCUCACAAUAUUCCAUAGCGAGUUAUAAUUAUAUAUUAAUUAAUUACUCUUGUAUUAUAAUUAAUAAGCUAUGGCUAUAUAUAAAAAGAAAAGUGCACUCAUGUAAAAAAAGACAAAUUCUACAAAGAAUUCUAUUAACAAGGGAGGGUAUCUUAUUUCUGAAGCUUAA